UGAUGAACAGUCCCUUUCAUGUCUUUAAAAGGACUAACUGCUUUCAUACCAUAUGCUGCGUGAGUAGAUCAGCACCCAGGAUGAAGCAUACACCAUUCCCAGCUCUUCUAGUGCACUGGUUGUGUUGGACCACUGUUGAGUUGGGUUCUACAAUGGUCCCCUCAAUGGUGGCACGUCCUGGGGAUAAUGUCACCCUCCAAUGCGUCCACAUCAACAGGGUUGAGGCACACAUGGCCUGGUUCAAACAAGUAAACCGAUCCAAGCCCUUGUGUAUCGCUUCCAUAUACAGCUCUAGCCCUAAUGAUGUCAAGUAUUAUAAUGGAUUUCAAGAUAGGCGCUUAGAUAUGAGGUACAACAGCACUUUAAUGUUUCUCACAAUCAGAGAGGUGGAUUUAUCUGACUCUGGCUUGUAUUUCUGUGGAAAGAUGGAUGUUUACAUGAGUUUCACCAAUGUGACAUUCCUCGAAAUCAAAGUUUCCGAGGACGCCAUUAACCAUGGUACAAAGUUAUGCACAGACAAAGAUGGAAGUAUGAGUAUGUUUCCACUGGUCCUGAUCCUGGGUGGUGUGACUGCUGUCUUCCUCCUGGUCAUCCUCCUACUGCUUUUUCAUAUCAGCCGAGGCAGAGAUGCACGCAACACAGGUUCUAUCUCUCAACAACAAGAUGAACAGGUCCAAGAUUCUGGUGAACUGAUUUACGCACCUUUGAAGUUUACCUCCAAGAGAAAGAAGGGACAAAGAACAAGAAAGAUGGAUCUGGAAACUCAAGUGGUGUACGCUGCCACAAGAUGACAACAUGGAGUAGCAGGUUUCUUGAAAUUGACAUUUAAUUGAUCAGCGAAUGACCUCUGCUGUAUGUUUCAGUUAGUGAGUUUUACCUUUACUGUUUAUGGCUGUCUACCGUUAAAUGUAAGUCAUAUAGCUCAAAACUGUAGUCUAAAGGUCUGGUUAGGAAAUUUCAAGUUAUCAACAACUCUGCUUAAAUGUUGAAAAUGUAGAUGAGAUUUUCCUGGGAAUAUUCGCUAAAAGGCAUCUUUUGAGCAUCACUUUAUUUACCAAUAAAUAACAUCAGCUGACAAUGUUUUGCUCAGAUUUGUACUGACGCUUCGGGUCUUGUCAAGACCACAUCUGUGUCCAUGAGUGUCCAGUCGCUCUUAGUAAAAUGCAAUAAAAUCCCCUCGUAAGGACAAAAUGUUUGGUAUCUGACAUAACUGUCCUUAUACCCAGCUCAUAAUUUCCUGGUGAGAGGGUGACAGGAAGGAGGAUCUUAAUGUUGAGAGAGACAUAUUGAAGUGGCUUGACUAUGUCUAACCAACUCUUGAGAAUGUAAUUACUGUGAUGCAUUCCGUGAACAAAAUUCGCAAAAUGUAUAUUAAACA